UUUUUGGUCAACCCAAAAAAAAAUACAUAUUAGGGAAACCCCAUCCAGUCCGUGAAUUUAAAGGUACGAUCAGACACUAAAUGCCCAAAGACUCGUCGCCUUUACACCCUACCUUUCUCUUUAUCUCUUUUCUAUUUGUUCGACACCCACCAUGACAACCAAUGCCAACGGAGCCACCGCCAAGAGACCUGUCAGAGUAUGGGUGGACGGUUGCUUUGAUAUGAUGCAUUACGGUCACGCCAAUGCCCUUCGUCAGGCCAAGGCUAUGGGCGAUGUACUGGUCGUCGGUGUGCAUUCCGAUGCUGAAAUCGCAAAAAACAAAGGCCCUACAGUCAUGAAGGAACAAGAACGGUAUGCUGCGGUGGCUGCGUGCAAGUGGGCUGACGAGGUGGUGCCUGACGCUCCUUACAAUACCACGGUGGAGAUUCUCCAAAAGUACAAUAUUGAUUUCUGUGUGCACGGUGAUGACAUUACCACCAUGGCUGACGGCACCGACUGUUACCAGGCGGUGAAAGAUGCCGGUUUGUACCGUGAAUGCAAACGUACCCAGGGAGUUUCCACGACGGAACUGGUCGGACGCAUGUUGUUAAUGACUCGCGAUCAUCACAAGCGUCGCAUGUCUGCCGGCGCUUCAUCAUUGUCCAGCUUCAACUCGGAAGAUCUCGGUAGUUUCGGGGCCGGUGGACGCAGUGUCAGUUUGAGAACCGGCAUUUCUCACUUUUUGCCCACCUCCAAACGUAUCGUGCAAUUCUCUGAGGGCCGCGAGCCCAAAGACACCGAUCGCGUCGUUUACGUGGACGGCACCUUUGAUCUUUUCCACGUCGGUCACGUCGAAUUCCUGAAACGCGCCAAAGCACUCGGCGAUUUCUUGGUCGUCGGUGUUCAUGAUGAUCAGACGGUCAAUGCGAUCAAGGGAUCGAAUUACCCUUUGAUGAAUCUCCACGAACGUGCGUUAAGUGUGUUGGCUUGUCGUUACGUAGAUGAAGUCAUCAUUGGGGCACCUUAUAGUGUGACGGAAGAUGUGCUGAAUAAGGAGUACAAGAUGACGAUUGUCGCUCACGGUAAUACACCUACGGAGCCAGACUUGGACGGUUGCGAUCCUUAUGAGUUACCCAAGCAACGCGGCAUUUAUGUUGAAAUUGAGAACCCUAAUGCCACAAUUACUACCCAAGGCAUCAUUGACCGUAUCAUUGAAAACCGUGUUGUGUUUGAGGAACGUCAGCGGAGGAAGAACGCCAAAGCGGCGGUGGAAGCACAAAAGGAAGCCGAAGAAAAAAUGAUGAAACUUAGCGUUGGCGGGGAAUCCGCCUAAUCUUCCCUUGUUUUCAUUUACAAUUGUUAUACUGCAUAGAUAAAAAAAAAGAGUCCAUUGAAUUAUUCGUUUCAUCAAUACCUCCGUUCAUGCAAUGUGAAAUACAUAUUUUUUGAACCAUCA